AUGUCGCUCGUGUCCGGCGAGAAGACGAACUUCCAGUUCAUCUUGCGUCUGCUCAACACCAACGUUGACGGCAAGCAGAAGAUCAUGUACGCGCUGACCCAGAUCAAGGGUGUCGGUCGCCGUUACUCCAACCUGGUCUGCAAGAAGGCCGAUGUGGAUCUCAACAAGCGUGCUGGUGAGCUCACCACCGAAGAGUUGGAGCGCAUCGUCACCAUCCUCCAGACUCCUACCCAGUACAAGAUCCCCACCUGGUUCCUUAACCGACAGCGCGACAUCACCGAUGGCAAGGACACCCAGGUUGUCUCCAACAGCCUCGACUCCAAGCUCCGUGAGGACCUUGAGCGCUUGAAGAAGAUCCGCUCCCACCGCGGUCUCCGUCACUACUGGGGCCUCCGUGUCCGUGGUCAACACACCAAGACCACUGGCCGCCGCGGUCGCACCGUCGGUGUCAGCAAGAAGAAAUAA